AGAGAAGAAGCUGGCAGUUUUGAGACAGGUGGAGCUGGAUCAAGCUGUGAAAAGUGAUAUUUCUUGAAGCUGGUUGACUAUGAUCCCUCAAACUCUCUGAAGGACCAGCAUGGAGAUGGGCACUCUGAACUGUUAAUGGGGACAUGGGACUCACGUUGUCGUUGAUCAUCUCUGUGGACUUAACCAGCAAAGAGCAACAGAAGACUCUGGAAGGGUGGUGGGAAUCGUAGCAGUUUUCCAGGUCCUCAAAUCUUGUUGUUUUAAUUUCUGUCUGGAAGAAUGUCCGAGCAAGGCAAAUUGAACCAGGAGACAGGGGAGGAAGCUGUGAAGGAGCAGAAGAUUCCCAUCUCUGAAGGGAACCCAGACAACUGUAUCCUUAAUAAAUCUGAGAGCUCAGAAGUGGAGGAGAAGGAGGAGAAGCCGAGUGAUGCCAAGACAGAGCUGCAGGUGUUACUGCCAACAAAAAGUUGUUAUGCAAAGCCUAAGAAGAAACGAGGUGGGAAUUUGAACCAGCAGAAAAAGAGGUCCAAGUCAGGAGCUAAAGGAAAACUCGUCCGGAGUCUUGCGGUGUGUGAAGAGUCGUCCCCUCGACCAGGAGCAGAAAACCUUCAUGAUAAUCAGACCCCCUGAAAAUUUCAGCAAAUGGAAAAGAAUUCCAAAGAAUUCAGGUUUUAAAAUUGAAAAAGAGUAGUCACAAUCAGAAUAUUAAUAUGUUCUUGUCUCUAAGGCUCUCUCUUUCGAGGCUGCACCAGAUAGAGUUAAGAAUAUGCUCUGCUUUCUGGUUCCUCUGAGACUCCAGCUCAUAUCAGUGGCCCUAUUCACAUAAAAUUCACAGGUCCUUCACUCUCUAAAAUCUCUUGGUGGAGCCAAGGAUGCCUCCUAACAAGUGGCAUCUGUUUUAUAAAGCCUUGGUGU